AUGGCUGAUCACGUCACAACAGUGAGGGGAACUAUGUACCGUAGUGCCACCGAAGCGGUCCAUGGUGAAGUCGAACUGCUGCUGCAUGCUUCCGUGAACUCGCUAACUGGUACGCUGCAAGUUAUUGUCGAUCGCAUCACCCGAGACUGUAACAGUAUUGCUCUCGCAAAGAAGAGUCACCAGAACGCUGAGUCAUUGCCCGCACAUGAGCUCAGGUUGCGAAAGCAGAUACGCAAGAUGGUGGAAGAUGCUGACCGCCCCAUUAUGCAGGCUCUCAAGCGGGAGCAAAAGGGCAAGAGAUUCCGAAAGAGCAGCGGCGCGCAGAAGAAGGAGACCAAGGAGGAAACCUAA